AUAUCCCCGGACAUGGUUUUUGUUUUGUGAUGUGUAAGCAAGGAGGGAAAAUAAGAAUGAGGAUGGAAGCGUUAGUUCAUUCCUGACAUAACUUUACCCGCUUUAUUUAUUUGUAACACGCGACACCGUGUAAGCAUGGAGGGAAAAUAAGAAUGAGGAAAGAAGCGUUAGUCCCACCCUGACACAACUCUAUCCGCUUUAUUUAUUUGUGACACACGCGACAUCUCUGCCGCUUGUUGCGUUAGAAACAAUAACACACGUCAAUGCCGCUGCUGUAAAAGCUGAAUGGGGAAGGAUACCAAGCAGCUUUUGGAUGUAGGUUGAAUUCAAAGGAUCUACAUUUCUUUGGCCAUGGCCAAGCAGACAGCAAAGCGAAAGCAGUUCACUCGUGAGCUGCGUUUGCUUCGGUCAACCAUCAAGCCACGAGCAGAAGAAGUGAAAAGGUCCAUAUGCACACUUGGCUAUGCUACAUCAAUGCUAAAAACACUCUUCUUGAUAGUGUUUUAUUACUGCUUUUCCAUUGGAAUAACAUUCUACAAUCAGCAUUUCAUCCAAGAGUACAAAUUGCCACUAUCUUUUACAAUGGCUCACUUGGUGUGGAAGUUCAUGGCUGCAGGCUUCAUCAGAUGGAUUAUGGAAUGCUGCUCAAAAGAAGAGCGCACCAUACUGACUUGGAAAGAAUACUUGAAACGUGUGGCUCCCACUGGAUUUAUAAGUGCUUUGGACAUCGGACUUUCCAACUGGAGUUUUGACUUUAUCACAAUCUCUUUGUAUACCAUGACCAAAUCAUCAGCUGUCAUUUUCAUUCUUGCAUUUUCUCUCCUCUUUCGUCUUGAAAAAUGUAGAUCUUCUUUGGUGAUAGUGGUCCUGUUUAUUGCGGGUGGUCUGUUCAUGUUCACAUACCAUUCCACUGAGUUCAAUCUUGAGGGGUUCUUAAUGGUCUUGGCAGCUUCUGUUCUGUCUGGUCUUCGGUGGACUCUUGCACAAAUGAUCCUCCAGAAACAUGAACUUGGUUUGCAUCACCCUUUAGAUAUGAUGUACCACAUUCAGCCUUGGAUGAUUUUAACUCUUCUGCCACUGUCUGCUGCAACUGAAGGUAUAAAGAUGUCUUCCAUGGAAGCCCUGUUCCGUUCCACGGACAUAAAUGAUUUAGCAACAAAACUGGCACUUGUGUUUGCUGGCGCCAUGUUAGCUUUUGGCCUGGAGUUUAGUGAAUUCCUGUUGGUGUCCAACACAUCAAGUCUCACAUUCUCUGUGAGUGGUAUAGUCAAGGAGCUGUGCAUCUUGUACUUGGCAAUAAAUGUGAAAGGUGAAAACAUUAAUGUCAUUAAUGGUAUUGGCCUUGUUGUCUGUCUCAUUGGCAUCAGCCUGCAUGUCAUCCUUAAGGCUGUCUAUGCACGCAAGGAUAGAGAGGAAAAGAUUGUUCAUUCUCUCAGUAAUUCAGAAGAAAUAAUAGACAUGUUGAUGAGAAAUGGAGAUCCAAAUGUUGGAAGUGUAGAAGAUGAUGAGGAAGAGGAACUUUUUAGCAUAGCCCAAGAGAGAUAAUACAGAUUAUUAACCAUCGUCUUUCUUUGUGGUAUUUGCCUCCAGAAACUGUGAUGCUGAAAACAUAGCUCUUCUGUAUUGAUGAUACUUAAGUGAGAAAGUGCUAUAAACAAUGAACAAACAAAAAAAAAUAUGCCGAUGUCAUUUUCAAGAAAUAGGCUGGAUUGUGAGAAGAAAGUAUAAAAGUGACACAGUGGGUAAAGAUUAUGCGUGAGAUUAACAUUGAUUACAAAUCUGUUGUUCUUAAGACUUGCAAGUAUGGUGUUAACAAUAGUCACAGACAAGUGAUUUUUGAAACUGUCAAGUCUAAGUACCAUAAGUUUUGUUGUAAAUCACUAACUCCAAAUUAUCACAUUGAGUCCAGCCAUGACAUGCAUUUGGGCUGGGUGUGUCCAUACUAUUUAAUUUGUAACUUUCAUGGUGCAAAAAAA